AUGAGUAACCAGAAGAAGAGGAAUUUUCAGAUAGAGGCGUUUAAGCAUAGGGUGGUUAUGGAUCCGAAAUAUGCAGACAAAACAUGGAAGAUUCUCGAAGAUGCGAUUCAUGAGAUUUACAAUCAUAACGCUAGUGGUCUCAGUUUUGAAGAACUUUACAGAAAUGCAUACAAUAUGGUGCUUCACAAGUUUGGUGAGAGGCUAUACUCAGGAUUGGUUGCAACCAUGACCGCCCAUCUGAAAGAUAUAGCUCAAUCUAUUGAAGCUGCUCAAGGAGGUUCUUUUCUAGAAGAACUGAACAGGAAAUGGAAUGACCAUAAUAAGGCAUUACAAAUGAUUAGAGAUAUACUGAUGUACAUGGACAGGACUUACAUUCCAAGCGCCCGCAAGACUCCUGUUCAUGAACUCGGCCUGAAUCUGUGGAGAGAAAAUGUUAUUUAUUCCAGUCAGAUCAGGACUCGGUUACUGAACACACUUCUGGAAUUAGUACAUGGUGAACGCACUGGUGAGGUUAUUGAUAGAGGAAUAAUGAGAAAUAUAACAAAAAUGCUAAUGGAUUUAGGUCCUUCUGUUUAUGGACAAGAAUUUGAGACUCAUUUUCUUAAAGUUUCAGCUGAGUUUUACCAGGUAGAAUCCCAGAGAUUCAUUGAGUGUUGUGAUUGUGGUGACUAUCUUAAGAAAGCUGAGAGGCGUCUGAACGAGGAAAUGGAUAGAGUUAGCCAUUACUUGGAUCCCGAGACUGAAAAGAAGAUUAAUAAUGUAGUGGAGAAGGAGAUGAUUGAAAAUCACAUGCUUAGGUUAAUCCACAUGGAGAAUUCUGGCUUAGUUAACAUGCUUUGUGAUGAUAAAUUUGAAGAUUUGGGUAGGAUGUAUAACUUGUUCCGCCGUGUUACCGAUGGUCUUUCAAAAAUACGAGAAGUGAUGACUUCACACAUAAGGGAGUCUGGUAAACAGCUUGUUACUGAUCCGGAAAGGUUGAAGGAUCCGGUCGAGUUUGUGCAGAGGCUCUUGGAUGAGAAAGACAAGUACGACAAGAUUAUAAACGUGCCAUUCAACAACGACAAGUCCUUCCAGAAUGCUUUGAAUUCCUCGUUUGAAUAUUUCAUUAACUUGAACCCUCGUUCUCCGGAGUUCAUUUCACUAUUUGUAGAUGAUAAACUUCGUAAGGGUCUGAAAGGGGUCAACGAGGAUGAUGUAGAGGUUACACUCGACAAGGUGAUGAUGCUAUUCCGAUACUUGCAAGAAAAAGAUGUUUUUGAAAAGUAUUACAAACAGCAUCUGGCGAAGAGGCUUUUGUCUGGAAAAACGGUUUCUGAUGAUGCCGAGAGAAGUCUCAUUGUUAAGCUCAAAACUGAAUGUGGUUAUCAAUUUACUUCUAAAUUAGAGGGGAUGUUUACUGACAUGAAAACCUCUCAGGACACAAUGCAGGGCUUUUAUGCUAGCCACCCUGACUUAGGCGACGGUCCUACACUUACUGUCCAGGUUCUUACUACAGGGUCUUGGCCAACUCAGUCUAGUGUUACAUGCAACCUGCCAGCUGAAAUAUCUGCACUUUGCGAGAAGUUCCGGUCAUAUUACCUAGGCACACAUACCGGCAGGAGAUUGUCGUGGCAAACUAACAUGGGCUUUGCAGAUUUAAAAGCAACCUUUGGGAAGGGUCAGAAGCAUGAGUUAAAUGUCUCUACCUACCAAAUGUGUGUCCUCAUGCUUUUUAACAAUGCUGAUAAACUCAGCUACAAGGAGAUUGAGCAAGCAACCGAGAUUCCUGCUUCCGAUCUUAAGAGAUGCCUGCAAUCGUUGGCUUUAGUUAAGGGAAGAAAUGUACUUAGAAAGGAGCCGAUGAGUAAAGAUGUUGUUGAGGAUGAUGCUUUCUUUGUUAAUGACAAGUUCAGUAGUAAGCUAUACAAGGUUAAAAUAGGAACCGUAGUUGCACAAAAGGAAUCCGAACCAGAGAAACAGGAAACUCGGCAGCGAGUGGAGGAGGACAGGAAGCCUCAGAUUGAAGCUGCGAUAGUAAGGAUCAUGAAAUCUAGGAAGCAACUUGAUCAUAACAACCUUAUAGCUGAAGUCACUAAGCAGUUGCUGUCGCGUUUCCUGGCGAAUCCAACGGAGGUCAAGAAACGGAUUGAGUCUCUCAUCGAACGAGACUUUUUGGAGAGGGAUGAUAACGACAGAAAGAUGUAUCGGUAUCUUGCUUAG